AGUCCAUUGAUAAAGUCCGAGUUUUGUUGCAAAGCUCCAUGAGGAUUUAGAGCACCAUCGGCGAUAACUAAAGAUCGUUUUCGUAGUGUAUCAAGACUUAACUGAGCAAGCUGUUGAUCAGAAAUUCUAACAUUGAAAUUAAUAUCUUGAAAUGUAGCCUAAAUAAACAAAGCAACGAAGAUGAAAGCCUUUCAAAUUUAAAACAGGGACUAUUCAGGCACAAAACUUAUAGGAUUGACUUACACGUGAAGCAUAUUUUCGGCAAAAUGAUAUGUUAAAAAAAAUAUAGUUAAAACUUGAGGGAGAAGGCCUGGAAAACCUUCCCCUUCUCCCAAGGACAUACUUAACAGCAAGGACUUCAGCAAGCCAGAAAGGUAACUCAACUUUUGAACCUGCAGGAACCUAUCUAAUUAGCUUAGAAUUACAAAAUUAUAUUGAAAUUUUUACCUCUCGGCCCUCAUGUCCUAAUCCCGGAAUAGAGACAUUGCAGGUACAGGGAACUUUUUGGUUUUCAGACAGAAUACCAUCAAUGUCAUAGUAAUCCAUUUCCUUGUCUAUUUUCUUCUUUAAAGCGAAUUCCUCCAAUCAAUCAAAUACAUACACAAAAACAAAGAGAUGGCUUUGUUUAACUAAGGGACGAAAAAAAAAGCGGUUUAUCAAGAAAAGGACUAUGUUCUAUAAAAAAAUAACCAAAUAUAACACAAAGGAUAUAUAUCGACGUUUUAAGCAAGAUAUCUAUGAAAUAGAUACCAACUUAAUUGUAUGAACUGAAUCUACCCAAAUAUUCGUUCUUGCAGGAGUAGGAGGUAGAAAUAAUUUUUGGUAAACAUCCAUUGAUGAGAAGUCCAGCGGUAUAUGUCGAUCGAGAAAUUAAAGAGUAUCUUUUCUGUUUUAAUUUUAAUUUUAAUUUUUAUAUGUUUCUUGAGCUUAAAAAAUUCCAUUAAUCUAUGCAGGAGCUAGUUAGUUUGUGAUGCCUGAAGCAUUUCACACCUUGAGCACAAGUUGACAAUGGAAAGAGGAGCGACUUUGUCGUGGAAAGAUAUAUUAGUGUGUGAUUAAAAGUCUGCUGACUUUCAGGAAGCUUAUAACAGCAGUUACAAGAGAGGUUGAUGCAUGAAAACGACCAAUUGGAGUUUAUCUUCGCAAGGAAUUCUAAGAAUAUUUUUGGAUAUUUAAACGACUCUGUUAUACAAUGCUGGGUUAUGCCAUAACAUAGGUCUUUUCUGACCUCCUCGAGUCUGGGCCCAUUAUAAGUAAUUUCUGCUUUUUUUGUUAGCAUUUGAGCAGAAAUGAAAAAGAAAGCUUUCUUGAAAUGCAUUUACUGAUGAGGAUGGUAUAGAUGGUAUAGAAUGGUGAUUUAGGACGCAAGGUAUUAUUUUCAAAGCAAAGUAUAUAUGGGACAAAAUCAUCCAGUGUUAAGUGACAUGCCCCCUUUUAGAUAUUAAACAGAAUGAAGUCAGAUAUCGGAAGACUUCAAUAGUUUGUCUCACUCUAACCCACUCUACUUUGCAUCGUUUUACCAUCCAUUGCUUCUCUGAAGACACGAAUGUUGACUUUGAAGGACUUUGGAAAAGUCCAAGGAACUCAGUUGUCGAGUUUUUAAUCUACAUGACUACCAAUGUCUCUCCUUCAACUUCCUCUACGAUAUAAAACUUAUCGUCAAGCAAGAAUUACAAUCUUGCUUUUUCGCCAUGUUUGUUUAUUUACGUAUGAACUUUUCUAUACGCAAUUUCUCUUUAAGAUUCGCUAAAUAAAUUUCAAAGGCAAGUCAUAAUAUUAGGGUAGGUUAUGCUAGAGCAGUCACACCAUACCCAAAAAACCUUCGUGGAAGGAAUCUUCUAACACGAACAACCACCAAAAAUGGCACCCAAGUCUAAAAAGGUCGCACCCUCACCUUUUGCUCAGCCUAAGGCUGCAAAGACCACCAAGAACCCUUUGUUUGUGAGCCGUCCUCGUUCCUUUGGUAUUGGACAAGACAUCCAACCUAAGCGUGACUUGAGCCGUUUUGUGAAGUGGCCUGAGUACAUUCGCCUUCAACGCCGCCGUAAGAUUUUGGGCUUGCGUUUGAAGGUUCCCCCCGCACUUGCUCAGUUCCAAAAGACCUUGGACAAGAACACUGCUACCCAGGUCUUCAAGUUACUUAACAAGUACCGCCCUGAGACCGCUGUCGAAAAGAAGCAACGUUUGCUUACUGAAGCCGAGGCUGUCGCUAACGGAAAGUCUGCCCAUGAUGUUUCCAAGAAGCCUUACAACGUCAAGUAUGGUUUGAACCACGUUGUUGGUCUCAUUGAAAACAAGAAGGCUAAGUUGGUCCUCAUCGCCAGCGAUGUCGACCCUAUUGAGCUUGUUGUCUUCUUGCCUGCUUUGUGCAAGAAGAUGGGUAUCCCCUAUGCCGUUGUCAAGAACAAGGCUCGUCUCGGUACCGUCGUUCACCAAAAGUCCGCUGCUGUCUUGGCUGUUACUGAAGUCCGCGAGGAAGACAAGAACGAACUUGCCUCUGUUGUCUCCGCUGUUGAGGUCAACUUCAAUGCCAAGUACGACGAACUUCGCCGUAAGUGGGGUGGUGGUAUUUUGGGUGGCAAGACCCAAGCUAAGCUUUCUAAGCGUGCCAAGGCUGCUGCUGCCACUGUUCGUCUUUAAGUUCGUGCUUACGGAUACUAAAUGCAAAACUUUGAGUUCUUUUGGGAGAUAUAAGGAUAUUGUCUGAAUGGUAGCUUUGAGUUGUGUGUAGUAAUGUAGUA